AUGGCCACCAACAUUGAUCGUUUUGCUAUUGGAGGACUUGCUGCGUUAAUUGUGAUCUGGGCUUGGGAUAGAUUUCCCCAGAUAGCACCUACCAAUCCUCCCUAUACUCGUCCCUAUCUUCCGUACGGUAUUAGAUGGUUAUCCUACGGUAUCAAAAAGGGAAAGAAAGAUGUCCAAUACUACAGAUAUAUUUUUGAUCAUCUAGCACGUAAUGAGGUGCCAUACAAUAUGGAACUCAUCAAUAUAUUACCACCUAUUUGUAGAGACGGUAUGGACUUAUGGAGGGUAGUGGUGCCACUUAUAUAUUUUCAGUUAUGUGAGUGGUAUCAACCUGAUAGAGUAAUGCGUCAGUUUGGUAUGGUUCAACACAUACCAAGGACUCCUUACCAGCCUGACCAGCUACAUGACCUUACCCUUAGAGGAAAGACUGGAGAAGAUUGGUCAGCCAUGUUCAGUGCUAUGUUAGAAAUUUGGGAGAGUAGACGACUUUGGGUAUUGACUAAUGAGCCUCAGUAUGGUUUACUUAGCUCAAAUUCUGAGUACAUGCGAUGGUAUGUUAGUCAUACUCGUCGUUGGAUGACCAGGGAGGCAGCAGUAUCAGCUUUGUCGGGUGAUGUGAUGGAGAGAUUGCAUUACUUGAGCACUGAUGGACAGGAUUCUUUUACCUUUAAUGAAUUAAAGGACUUGUCUGAGACUCUUCUGUCACUAAAGAAUGAACAAGAUCGCAUAUUAGAGCUUGUUUCAUCCUCAGAUCCUCCAGUACAAAGUGGUAAUCCCGUCGAUCCAAACUUACACAUAGAUCAGCCGCAUCAACGAAGAGAAGGAAGAGGCUUGGCACGUCAACGGAGACAAGUGUAG